AUGGUGACGUCGAUUGGAGGAGCCAUUUUUCAAUUAGACUCGCCGCGAAUGGGAUUUCGGCUUAUGAGCGAUGACGGCGACGCCUACGAAUUGGCCGCCGGCGUUGGCGGCGAUCCAAAAAUUAAUAGGCUCACCGAGAUUCGAGAGGAGAGCGCCGUGAACUCGUCGGGAUACAAUUCGGAUGAGAUGCGAGCCGCCCAUUAUCAGAAUCCGCACCGACACUCAACGCCGUCGCCACCACCGGAAACCGAGCCGAUCUCGAUGUCGGAGGUGUCCGAAACUCAAGCUCCGCCCCUUUUCCAUUCUCCAAAAUCCGAUCGACACUCAUACGUGAGCUGCUGCGACGUCCAGCCGAUCGCCUACGAGCGUUGCCGCUAUUUAGAGGUGCCCAAUAUGCAGCAGUUCGGCCAGGCGCUGUCGGCGUCAUGCAGCGAUCUCGUCGACACCGUGCUCGCCCUUCAUUCGAACGUGAUGAGCGCUCACGAGGCGAGCUCGAUUCGCGAAGCCGCCGAACGACGAUCGCAAUUCGCGCGCGUCUCGACGCGAAGUGUCUCGGCGCCGCCGCGAAAAAAGUGGUUUCGUUCGAAGCCGAGUCUCGCCGAUGGAAUGGACGAUCGUUUGAGCGGCAGCAGUUCGGCGGUGUGCGACGAGUUCACGAAGAAGCUCGUCGCCGCCAUCACGACAUGGCACGAUAUUCAUUCAUCGCUUCUUCGCCUUUCAAUAGAUCGCUCAUCGUCGAAUGAGAGCGACGAGAGGAGCCGACAUCACUCAACAUCGAGCUCGUGCUCGACGUGCACCGAUGAUAGCGGCGGCAGUAACGAACGACGUCGUCAUUUGUCGGCGUCGGCAGCCGGCGGCGCGCGCUUCUCCAUCUCGAAUCCCGAUCUCACCAAUUGUCAGAUCAAGCAGAUGUUUCCCGAGAUGGCCGAUCAUUGGCGUCCAUCGGUGAGGCUGGUGAUAAAGGUAGAGAAGCGAAGAGCAGAGGGCCUCGAUGACUUUGUCGUCGAGUCACCGCAAAAACGCGAUGAAAUCGAGAAGGCAUAA